AUGACCAGCCCCCGCCGACAGCUGUGCUGGCGCAACGUUUUUGUGACUUUCGCAGUCUGUACACGGUACCAUGGCGUCUGGCGAGGAGGACGGAACAGUUGAGGAGAAAGAAACCAACAACAAGAAGCGGACGAAAGGCGCCAUCGCAACGGCAUGGCUCACGUUCUACAAUAUCGCCAUGACAGCCGGGUGGCUUGUAUUGGCUGUUGCCAUGGUCCGGUAUUACCUCCAGAAAGGCACCCAUAAAGGCUUGUACAGAAAUAUUGCCAGGACACUUAAAUUCUUCCAGACAUUUGCACUGCUAGAGGUUGGACACUGUGCUAUUGGAAUUGUGCGGACAUCUGUAAUUGUGACUGGUGUCCAAGUAUGUUCUCGGAUAUUCAUGGUUUGGUUUGUUACAAACAGCAUCAGACAGAUUCAGAAUGAGGAGAGUGUGAUAUUGUUCGUAGUAGUUUGGACGAUUACAGAGAUCACUCGCUACUCUUUCUACACUUUCAACUUGCUCAAUCAUCUGCCAUACUUCAUCAAGUGGGCCAGGUAUAACAUGUUUAUUGUCAUGUACCCCCUGGGAGUAAUUGGAGAACUGCUGACCAUACAUGCCUCCUUACCGUAUGUGCGGAGAUCUGGCAUGUAUUCCCUGAGGCUCCCCAAUAAAUACAAUGUUUCCUUUGACUAUUACUACUUCUUGAUCAUCGUCAUGCUGUCUUACAUCCCAUUGUUUCCUCAGCUGUACUUCCACAUGCUACGUCAGAGGAGGAGGGUACUUCAUGGAGAAAUCGUAGUAGAUAAAGAAGAGUAGAAAUAUGAGUAAAAAAAAAAAAACGGCAGCCAUUAGUUUCUGGUCAAAAUAAGAAGCUGAAAACAUUAAAUACAAAUUAAUUCUACAAUUAUUAGUAGAACCUUUCCUAAGGUUCACUACACUUUCCAGCUGUGUUUUGUUUCACAAGGUUGGAAUGACUUCAAACAUCAAAAGAGAUAUGAACCAAUGGACACCCCGGUGUUAUAGGUGAUCACAGAUCUGCACUCCUUAACAUUUUCUGCACCCAGUUAAGACCUGUUUUGAAAAAGAGUCACCAACUAGGAUCUAGCUUUACAAACAAUUAUCUAAACCUAUUGUGAUUUGUGUAAUUAUAUAGAUACUAUGGUAAACUAUUCUGCAAAUUCUAGGUCUUCAUUAUUUUUUCUUUUUUUUUCUAAUUUAUGUUCUUGGACUGAUUAGGGAUUAAUUGAUUUAUUUUACUAUAUCUUAUCUUCUACAUCUAAAUGGUUAAGGUGUUGUUACAAUUGACAGCAAAUUUGCAAAUUAGCUAGAUAGAUAGAUGUAACUAUCAUAUAUCACCCCCCACUACACACACACACACAUAUUUUCAUUAACAACGAAUUGGUAAUAACAGAAAAAAAAAAACGUAUUUAAGAUACAGUAGGAAUACAUUCUUCAAGGGUUUUAUCUGUUUAGUAUUAGUGAAAACUACUGUCAUGAGAAUAUCUAGAUAUCAUAUCAAUGCUCAUAUGUUUAACAAGCUUGCAAAGUCAAAAAUCUGAGACCUGAAAUAUGAGUGUGACUUUGUCCCAACAUGCAGAAGUUUCACAGAAGUUUGGACAGAAUGUUUUAUAUAUAUAUAUAUAUAUAUAUAUAUAUAUAUAUAUAUAUAUAUAUAUAAAAUUUCAGUAUGCACUAUGAUUAUCUUUGUUGCUUCAGUGUUUACAAUCCAAACUAGAGUAAAUAAACUGGAAAACGUUUGUACAGGUAGUGCUAUAGAUAACAACAAUUUUAGAUUGUUUAGAUAUCUGUUGCUAAAACCUUGACUAGCAGACCUUCUGUGUUGUUGAUUUUCUUUUAUCUUUUUUUUUUUUUGUAAGAAACUCUGUUUUUGAGUAGACUGUCUCUCUACGGUGCUACAAUAUUUAAUUCUUCCGUGCAGCUGAGUAGAGAAAAGGGCUGGAUUUAGAGUGAGAAGUGGAGGAAUUGAAAUCGUUAAAUAGAAUUGUGAAGUCUUCAAAUAAACAUUUUCAUGUUAUUUAAUUUAAUGCCUGGAAACUGAACUGAAUGAAUAAAGAUUUUGUGGGGAAAAAAAUGAAUGGAAGAAAGAAAAUGAAAGAAACAAUAAAACAAACUGACAGUA